AUGACCUAAUCCAAGCGCAUUACUGUAGAAGGGAUUAUCAAGAGUCCAAAACAGAGGGUGGAGAUACAAGGCACACAGGAGUGAUCACGUUGAGGGAUGAGUAAACAGAAAUAGCCUGGCCAAUAACGGAUCUUGGCUUGGAGAAGAGAGCCAGCAAGCUGCAGGGUGAAGCACUGGACCUGUUCCUGAGGUCUAGAUUGAGGAAACUCAACAGUAGAAGGAACAGCGAGGUUUAAGAGAACAAUCCAGGCGGUCAUGAGGACAGCGAGACGAGCCAGCACAGUGGAGGUUCCCUCCUUCCUGCGACAGCUGGUGAAGGAGACUGAAAAGAUGGUCACUUUCUUUUUCAAAGGAGCACAGGGGGAACAACAAGCAGAUGAGGAUUCAGACUCUGAAGAGGAUAAUGAUGAUGUGGAGGAGAUACCCAGCCCCUACCUGGAGAGACCAAUGCUACAGAAGCACACUGAUGAGGGUGAAUCUAAGUGGGGUAUAAACUAUGCUCUGGCCAGCAUGCAGGGAUGGCGUGCACAAAUGGAGGAUGCCCACACAUGCAUGCCUGAGAUGACUGAGACUCUGUCGGAUUGGAGUUACUUUGCUGUGUUUGAUGGGCAUGCUGGAAACACUGUGGCUCAGUAUUGCUCCACACAUCUGCUUAAUCACAUCCUUUCAACAGGUGGCAUAGCUGCAGAGGAAAAUGUGGAGCAAGUAAAAGACAGCAUUCGAGAUGGCUUUUUAGGCAUUGACAGACAUAUGCAUCAACUGGCCCGCACCAGUGGCUGGGACCGCAGUGGAUCCACAGCAGCUGCUGUCAUGAUCUCUUCACGAAACAUCUACUUUAUCAACUGUGGUGACUCCCGCACCUUCUUGUGCCGCAAUGGCCAGGUGGUCUUCUACACUGAGGACCACAAGCCCUGCAACCCACGUGAGAAGGAACGCAUACAAAAUGCUGGGGGCUCAGUCACGCUGCAGCGCAUUAAUGGCUCCCUGGCUGUAUCCCGUGCCCUUGGAGAUUUCACCUUUAAGGAGGUAGAAUGGAGGACGCAGACGGAGCAGCUGGUGUCUCCUGAACCUGAGGUCUAUGAUCUAGCGCGUUCAACCAGCGAUGAAUUCCUGGUGGUGGCAUGUGAUGGAGUUUGGGAUGCCAUCAGCAAUGAAGAACUGUGUGCAUUUGUGCACAACCGACUUUCAGUGUGUGAUGAUUUGAGGGAAGUCUGUUCGCAGGUCAUCGACCUUUGCCUCUAUAAGGGAAGUCUGGACAAUAUGACCAUCAUUAUCAUCUGUUUCACUGGCUCUCCACAAGUGACUCGUGAAGCAUUGCAACGGGAGACAGAGCUGGAACAAGUCAUAGACCUUAAAGUAAAAGAGAUCAUUCAGUAUAUUAGGUUAAGAAAUGAGGAGCCUGAUCUGCUUCAUGUGAUGAAGUUUUUAUCAACUGAAAACAUCCCUGGACUUCCACCAGGGGGUGGCAUCUCAAGCAAGAGAGACUGCAUAAUUGCUGCGUACCAGAAAUAUUCAGCAGCGUUCAGAACAGUUGAGCCAGUGGAUAUUGGUGGCUCAGAGGACUCUAACUAGCGCUGGUUGCCUUGGAAACUACAUCAGAAGCCUCAUAUAUACAUAGCAACAGCCUCCAUAAUGGGAAACAUGACUGAUAAACUUUAAUGCAAUAAAAAGUAAAAAAUAAUAGCAGCCAAUCUAGAAUACAGUCAGAGCCGGUAAUAAUCCAUGUUUAUCAGCAGGGAAAUAGACAUUUCAAGAGAAAAUAAAUCCAAUCUGAUUAAGGGUCAAAACCUUUUUACAUAAGAGAUUUAGACUACAUUAUUGCUAUAUUGAACUAAAGGUUUCAAUUGUAACAUACAUUUUUCACAAUAACAUAUUUUUGCUUUGUUUAUAUUAGAAAGGCUUAUAUACUUGUCAUGUUUAUUUUGUCAUUGUUUUUGUAUAGUAUAUAUACACACAGUAAUAUCAUACAAUAUAGUGUAUGUAGUGGUAGCCAGUAAUACUGAAAUGAUAUUAUAGACCCUAUAUGAUCAUCAUACAUAUUCAAUUCUGAAUUAUUUGUUUUAAAUAAAUGUAUUUUGUGUAUUUUA